GCGCCGCGGCCAAGUCAGCCGGCGGCCGUCGAGGCGCCCACAUCACACCACUCACGACAACCCUCCGCCAUGGACGUCGAGGAGUUCCGAGUCCGCGGGAAGGAGAUGGUCGACUACAUAUGCACGUAUAUGACUACGUUGAAAUCGCGCCGCGUGACGCCGUCGGUGGAGCCGGGGUACUUGAGGAAUGAGCUGCCUUCGGAGGCUCCGGAGUUUCCCGAGCCGUGGGAGGAUGUUAUGAGGGAUGUGGAGAGCAAGAUCAUGCCGGGGGUCACCCACUGGCAGCACCCGCGGUUCCACGCCUACUUCCCGUCCGGGAACGCCUACCCCUCCAUCCUGGGCGACAUGCUGUCCGCCGGCAUCGGCUGCAUCGGAUUCUCAUGGGCUGCAAGUCCUGCGAUGACAGAACUGGAAAUCAUAAUGUUAGACUGGAUGGGUAAAGCUAUCGGCCUGCCUCCUGCUUUCUUAGCGUUAGAAGAAGGCAGUAAAGGAGGAGGUGUUAUUGAGGGUUCCGCCAGCGAGUGUGCUUUGGUGACGCUGAUCGCGGCGCGCGCCAACGGCAUCAAGCGCCUCAAGCAUCAGUUCCCCACGGUGGACGAGGGCCUACUCCUGUCCAAGCUCAUCGCGUACUGCUCGAAGGAGGCACACUCGUGUGUGGAGAAGGCCGCCAUGAUCUCCUUCGUCAAGCUCCGUAUUCUGCAGCCCGACGAGAAUGGAUCGUUGCGAGGGCACACGUUGAAAAAGGCGAUGGAGGAGGACGAGCAGGCGGGUCUGGUGCCGUUCUUCGUGGCGACGACGCUGGGCACCACGUCCAUGUGUUCCUUCGACAACCUGGCGGAGAUCGGGCCCGUGGUGCGGCGCUUCCCGGCCGUGUGGCUGCACGUGGACGCGGCGUACGCGGGCGGCGCCUUCCUGUGUCCCGAGCACAAGUCGCACCUCAACGGGGUGGAGUACGCCGACAGCUUCAACACCAACCCUAAUAAGUGGAUGCUCACCAACUUCGAUUGCUCGCUUCUGUGGGUCACCAACCGUUACCUUCUGACGUCAGCGCUGGUGGUUGACCCGUUGUAUUUGCAGCACUGCUACGACCACACGGCUAUAGACUACCGGCACUGGGGCGUGCCUCUGAGCCGGCGGUUCCGCUCGCUCAAACUCUGGUUCGUGCUGCGCAGCUACGGCAUCAGCGGCCUGCAGAAGUACGUGAGGAAGCACUGCGAGCUCGCCAAGUACUUCGAGAAGCUGGUGAAGAAGGACGAUCGGUUCGAGGUCUGCAAUAAUGUGCAGAUGGGCCUAGUCUGCUUCCGCCUCGUAGGCGGCAAGGAGGAGUCGGGCGAGCAAGUAGACGAGCUGAACAAGAAGCUGCUGACGACCAUCAACGCGUCGGGGAAGAUACACAUGGUGCCGGCCAGCGUCCGCGACCGCUACGUCAUACGGUUCUGUGUGGUCGCGCAGCAUGCCACGCGUGAGGAUAUCGAAAUAGCCUGGGACAUCAUAACGGACUUCGCGACAGAACUCAUGGAAGGACCCGACAAGCAGAGGGACUUGAACGAGGAGCGCGCGCGCCGCGACCGCGCCACCCUGGCCCACAAGCGUUCAUUCUUCGUACGCAUGGUCAGCGACCCCAAGAUCUACAACCCGGCCAUCAACAAGACCCCGCCGCCCGCGCCCACCUCGCCCAAGACGCCGCUGUCGGCCACGCCCGCCACGCCCGACGCGCCGUCAUUGGUGGAAAACUUGGAGGAACCGCUGGCCACGAAGCCGUCUACUUGGAUCAGCUGGCCGCUCGCGUUCUUCUUCCAGAGUGUGGACCAUGACGCCAAUGAUCUGCCGCUGAGGUUCCGCCACCUGGACACGAUGGUCCGUCUGAAGAGCCCCGGCCAGCGCCGCGGCUCCACCCCCUGCGCCUCGCCCGAGCGCCGCGCGCCCUCGCCAAACGCACAAAAUUAACGCGCAACUAAAUAAAUAUGUAUCUACAAUUAUUCUACAAUAAACCGCUGGGAAAUUGAGACAAUUGUG